AGUGUGUGCUGCGCAUGCCACAGCGAGUUUCCGAUUAUCUACCUCGUACAUCAUCUCUAGUAGAAGUUGUUAAGUGUUGCGUCUUCAAUGAUCAGCUGGUCCAUUUGACACUUGAUUCAAACAUCGCAGUUUACCUAUUGAUCCGCGUAAAAACUCAUAUUGUAAAAGAAAGCAUGGUUACGGGGUUAAGAUUCGUCUGAGGUCAUUCGUCUGUAUUCGUUUAAUUGAUGGCAAAAUGUAUUCAGAUUGCUAUUGAUAUCAUCAAUUAUUGAAAAUUAACCAAGGGUGGAAUCAAGAUUUUGAUGAUACAUCAUGUGAGAAGAAGAAAAAGUAAUUCGUUUGCAGGAUAAAAAAAUGAAUUGUGAGAAAAUUACUGUACGUCGGCUGCUUCGCCGGUCGCAGGCUGCCGAUGAACAGUGCAAUUUAUUUCCUUAUGUGAUAAGAGGAUUGAUAGGGACAGCCAGCCUUUAAUUGUAACUUGAUGCUGCGAAAUAUAUAUCUGAGAUACUAAUGCAAACAAGAAAAUGCUUUAUAUUGGUAUUUUCAUAUCAAUUGCGAUCAUCCUGAUCGUAUUGAUAAAAUAUUUUGGUCUGAUGUUUUAUAUAUUUUUUGGAUUGGUACUUGUAUGCAUAACAUUACUUGGUCCAGCAGUCCUAUAUUAUGGAUAUACCAAGCUGUCACCAACAUAUCCCCAAGAAUGGAAGUAUUUUUGCAUAAGCACAGCAAUCUCUUUAGUUUCUGUUUUAUUCUACUUUGAUCUAUUAGCUUAUGUAUUCUAUGGAUUACUUACUGCCUGUGGAAUUCUUCUUGGACCGACAAUUGUUAUGUACGUGAAUAACAUUCUCUCGCUAGAUAAUUCUUCAACUUCUAAAGGAAUAAAGAGAUCGGCAGUUAACAAAUUGAAUGCCUUUGAAAUCCUUCUACUGAGAGAAUCAUUUUUCAUUGAUGAAGCUAGAAGAAGAGACCCCACUCGUUAUCCUCUCAUAAUAUCAAGAUUGGUUGAUGGAGCUUUGCAAAACCUUCUGGAUUUGUCAUUCAGAGAUUUUGUUGGCUGGUGGCUGAGUGAAAUGGGAAUAGAAACAGAUGAAUUGAUUGGCUCUGCGAAACAAGAUUUAUGGGAAGCAAUUCAGAAAAUCCACAGUCGAACGCAGAAUAUAGAUCAUACUAAUUUGGUGGCUUGUAGCAUUGUUAAUGCAAUUACAUUUCAUUUUGAAAAGAUCCGAAUAGCUCAAGAGAAUACUAUUGAAGGAGAGGAGCCAACAUAUAUACUUUUCCCACAUUUGUUAUCAAACGAAGGAGAAUUGGAAUAUCUAAGGAGAGUUAGUGAAGUUUUUAUCUUAUUUUUCAUGCCGCGAGAUUAUACAUUUACUGUGGCCAAAUGUCUUUUACGGGAAGUUAUUGCCUGUAAAAUUUUAAGCCCAGUUAUAAAUGCAAUUACCGAUCCAGAUUAUAUUAAUCGUAAAAUUGUAUCUUACAUACAACAACAACAAAUGGCGGAGGCACUACACAGAAAAACUUGCGAGUAUGCAGAUUCCUUUGAGGAUUUUAUAGCAAUGAUUAAAACAACUAAAGAUCUAGAGGAUCUCAAACGCAUUAGAUAUUCUAUUGUAUCAGAGAUUAUGCAAGCAACUACAACUCAGAAUAUUCAACGUGCUCAAGGCUUAGAUCCGGAGAAUAAUACGAUGUUCGGUAAAUCCGAUUUAGCGCAAGGAAGAAGACUCAAACGUUAUAUCAGUCAAUUGACUUAUGCCAAGAAAACUUGCGAGUGCCAUAUGCAAGCUCUAGGUUGGGAUGGUUAUCCCAUGGAAGAUGAUGAAGUAAUUGAUCCUAUGUCUCCUCCAGAUAAUAGAAUUAUACCUUUGAAAACGAUUUUGGAUAGUGUGAUAGGAAGGAAACAUCUGUCACAAUUUCUCGAACAAGUAUCUAGUCAAGGUUUAGUUGGUUAUUAUACAGCAGUACAAGAACUUCGUGCGGCCGAAAAAUCUAGUUGGCAUCAAUUAGGCGCCGAAAUUUUUUACACAUAUAUUACUAUUCCUACCGCUGAAAUUAAAGUUGACAAAGAUACCAGGAAACGAAUGGAAAGUUUUCUCUUAGGUGAUAUAGGACCAGACGUAUUCUACGAAGUUCAGGAGAUGGUUGUUCAAACGAUAGAGGAAAAAUAUUAUCCCUCCUUUAUAGUUACUGAGCACUACAAAAAAUUAUUAGAAACUAUAAGUGAUGAGAAUUUGGAUGGAUUGAUAGACAAUCAGAGAUCAUUGGUCAAUGGUACAAUAUCAGAUAAUACAUCCUUAUUGGUAGCCGAACAUUCGAGUUACGCGCGCAAGAAAUUAGAUCAAUUACAAGAAAAGCUGAACAAUAAAAUGCAAGCUUUACAAGCUCUCAAGUCGUCGCUGAAACCGGAAAACAAAAUGUUGGAUAUACUGGCUAAGGAAGUUGAAUGGCUACAAGGUGAAAAACGACAACUGGAAGCCCAUUUAAAUCAUACUGACAUGUGGGCGGAACAUUUAGGUCAUUGGAGGGCGGAUGUCGAAAGUGCUGAGAUUCCAGAAAAUGGCGAACCUCCUCAUUUUGUUCUGGUAGUUCAUAUGGUCGCUGAUGAAGCGGAUGAAACUAGCAUUUCCUCUGGUUGGAUUGUCUUACGCAAACUACCCGAGUUUCAAGAACUUCAUAAAAAGCUACGGCAGUUAUGUCCUAGUAUAAAGAAUGUUGAAUUACCGUCACAACCAUUAAAGUUUUUCGGUAAAAUAGAUAAAAACGCUACAGAAAAGGCUAAAGCACUGAUUCAGAAGUAUUUAAAUUUUGUAUUGGAAGAUGAUCGUCUGAAUCAAAGUGAAGCUUUAUACACUUUUUUAAGUCCAAGCUCAGAACGACUAAAAAGUAAUACACCUUCACCAAAGAAAUCGCGAUUUUCAUUAUCUACACUUUUCAAGUCUAGCUCUGGUAGCAGUGGAGAAGGAGGAUCUCGAGAGAAAGAUGAUGAUGACGACUACUCAUUAUUGUUAGACGAUAAUGAACCUAUCCGUUCAGUAACCGAGUUCUUAGGACCAGGAAAAGAUUCUAUAGCUGAACCUCUUUACGCUUUACUUGGCGAAGUUUUCGACUUAAGAGGCGUUUUUCGCUGGUUAAGGCGAUCUCUUAUAACUUUUGUGCAACUUACUUACGGAAGAACAAUAAAUAGGCAAGUCAGAGACACAGUGGCUUGGAUGUUUUCCGAGCCCAUGCUUCACUACUACAUUCAACUAUUAGUUAAGUCUUGGUGGCCUAACGGUCAACUUGCUACGGAAGCACCGGUUAGGACGGAAGAAGAUAAAAUACGAACACGCGUUGAAGCUCACCGGCAAUUCUUAAACAACGUACCUGACUUCUUAACUAAUUUGGUUGGGGCUCAAAGUGCUCAGCGAGGAGCUAUGAAAGUUUUUAACUCUUUGCAAAAUGUACAGCUAAAUAAACAGUUAUUUUAUGAUAUUUUUGAAGUUGUGAUGUUCGAGAUGUUUCCAGAAUUGAAGAAGGAUAAAGAUUAAAGUAUUUUUACAUCGAACCAAAUAUAUAACCUGAACAAACUGUUAGUUGAAUUUUAGAACCGCGUGACACUGUCUGUUGAACUAUCGGCUGCCACGGUCGUGAGGUUUGUCGUAAAAUAAUUUUUUCUUUUAAACUGGAAUCGGAACACGUAGUACUCAUCGGUGCUGAUGAUACUUGUCAGUAUUAUGUAAGCCUUUUUAUAAAUUGAAGUCCAAAUGUAUUAUUCAAUUUAAACUUGUUAUAGUUUUAAGAGUUAAUCUUUAACAAAUAUUUUUGGUGAUUUAUAGGCAAGAUUCUUCAGAUGUAUUUCGAUGAUUUCAAUAAUUUUUUCGUAAAACAUUGAAAAAUAUGUUGUUUUAUUUUAUAUACAGAAAAAUGCCUUUACUUGGUUACAUAGACUAAGAGUUAUGGAUUUUAAAAAGUGGUUUAAUGCUUAUUAAUAGAGAAAAAAUAUUUUCAAAUGAAACUAUGUGGUUUAUUCAUAUUGCUGAAAGUGAUUAAAUUGUCAAUUUUUUUGUUAGAUUCAAUCUAUUUUCAAGUAAAGAUAAAUCUAUAUUUUAUAUAAUAAAGUUUUAAAAAUCCAUUUUUUUUAUGAAAAAAUCAGGCAACAAUUUGUCUUACAACGCAAAUUUAAAUAAAAAAUCUUCUGACCAGCCCACAUCUUUUUUAAUGAGCAUAUGUAAAAAGGGUUAUUUCUAAUCAACCAUCUCAUUAAAAUUAGUAAAAAAUAUCUAACGCUAUUAUAUAUGUAUAUAUUUACGAAAAUAAUUGUGAAAACUAUGAUACAAAUAUUAAUAUUUGUAAUAGUCUGCGUACGGAAAACAAGUAAUUCUAUAUAUAUUAAACUAAAUUUAUAUGAUUAACGGGGAUUAAUUCAUAAAAAGUCCCGCAAAACAUAAAAAAAAUUAUUGAGAUCGGGAGAAACAUCAGAAUACCUUUUUCUUUAGUUUAUAAACGGCACUCCACGAUAAACAUAAACUUUAUGUUUUUACAAAUGUACAAUGUUAUAUUCACCGAAUAUAAAUUUAAUGAAAACGGUGCUAGUAACCAAAGAUUCAAAGUGGUGCAUGUCAGUAUAUUUAUAUUCUAUAGGUAAUUUUACUCGCUGAGUAUUGCACAAUCACAUAUCUUUUACAACUAGCAUUAGUUUUACCGUAUUUAUUUUAUACAACUCUUUUUUUUUUAAAUCGACGUACAAAGAAAUUUCAUGUUGCAUUUGUAUAAGAAAGUGAUGAUUGUUAUUAAAUGCAGAUUCAUAACUCAACGAUCGAUCUCUAAAAUAAUCUGGUAUUAGAAGAUCUGAAUUAAAUAAUUCUAUGAAAAUUCUGAAGAAGUCAAGCUUUACAUUUAGUAAGAAUAUAUAUUUAAAAUUAUGAAUUAACUAUGGAUCUCAAAUUCGAUGUAUUGUUAAAAUCAAAGUGUCAAAUACUAUUUGAAAAAAAUUUAUGUAAAAAUAUGUCUCUAUACUAUGAUUGCUAAUCCUAAAUAUUGGA